AUGGACAAUCGGGUCGCGAUGCUGCAGACGCAGCGCGACGAACUUCUCGCAACGUACGUGACCGUCAGAGACCGCGACACUGCGCAACAUCUUCUCAAGCAACUGAAGAAUUUGUCAGAGGAAUUGGAGCUUGUAGCUGCAGCUGCAACGCCUUUAAUACAAGCGUCUACGCUUUCGGGCGACUUUUAUGCGAGUUCUUUGCUGCUUUUGUUGCUGUCUAAGGACCUAAAUGACGCUCGAUUCCUGUGGAAACGUAUUGAAAUUGAGAUAAAAGAGACAUCUGAAGAACUUCAGAAGGUCUGGGAGAUUGGCAAAGCGCUAUGGCAUCGGAAUUUGGCUGCCGCGUACGUUGCAAUGGACUAUAACUGGUCUCCAAUGCUACAAGGACUUGUUGAGGCUCUGAAGAUUUUAACCCGUGAAGCCACAGCAGAACUACUGAGUGUUGCAUACUCAACCAUCUCGAUAGCUGACGUGGCAUUGGCACUGGGCUUUGCUCGACAGGAAGAUGCUUUGCAAUAUUGUUCGUCAUUGAACUGGAACGUGUCGGAGGCAGAACAAUUGGUCUGGCCUAAGCCAAUGGCUAGUGUGCAACGUGGACCUUCGACGACAGUGGAUCUGGACCAACUCGAUAUGUUGUCGAAGACGGUGCUGCACCUGGAACAGAACACGGUGGUCAAGCUACCGUGA